AGAGGAACAGUCCACCCCAGACUGCGUUGUAUGUGCAGAUUUCCUUAACGCAAGCUGUAUGUGAUUGUAUGCUGUAGCUAGGGUUUUAUUUUUUUUUAACCGCCGCUUUAUAAAUUUUGUUCAAAACUUCAGCAUGUCGGUGGCUUUCGCGCCUCACAGACAACGCGGGAAGGGUGAUAUUACACCCGCGGGGAUACAGAAGUUACUGGAUGAAAACAAUCAGCUGAUUCAGUGCAUCAUGGACUUCCAGAGCAAAGGGAAAACAGCAGAAUGUUCACAUUACCAGCAGAUGCUUCACAGAAAUUUGGUCUACUUGGCCACAAUAGCAGACUCCAAUCAGAACAUGCAGUCUCUCCUCCCGGCUCCCCCCACACAGAACAUGGGCAUGUCAGGGGGCAUGAAUCAGAGCGGUGCGCCCCCACAGCCCCCCCACGGCCACAGCAUGCCCUCAGACGGCCCGCCUUCUGGCCCACACAUGCAGAACCAGAUGAACGGUCAGAUGCCUGGACCAAACCACAUGCCCAUGCAGGGCCCAGGGCCCAACCAGCCUCCCAACAUGCCGAGCGGCACCAUGAACAUGCCUCCCAGCAGCCACGGCUCCAUGGGCGCCUACAACCAUGCCGUUCCCUCCUCCCAGGGCAUGAGCAGCCAGGGCCAGAUGAACAUGAGCCAGGGCCAGCCAAUGGGCAGCUACGGUCCCAGACCCAGCAUGAACAUGCAGCCCAACCAAGGUCCCAUGAUGCACCAGCAGCCUCCCUCGCAGCAGUACAACAUGCCCCCUGGUGGUGGCGGGCAGCAUUACCAGGGACAGCAGAACCCCAUGGGCAUGAUGGGCCAGGGCAACCAUGUGAUGGGACAGAGGCCCAUGCCUCCAUACAGACCACCUCAGCAAGGCCCGCCGCAGCAGUACCCGGGCCAGGAGGACUACUACGGAGAACAGUACAGCCAUGGAGGCCAGGGGGCACCUGAGGGAAACACACAGUAUGGUCAGCAGCAGGAAGCGUAUCAGCAAGGCCCCCCUCAGCCGCAGGGCUACCCAGCACAGCAGCAGUACCCAGCACAGCAGGGCUACCCGGGCCAGCAGCAAGGAUACGGGCCUUCUCAAGGUGGUCCUGGACAGUACCCCAAUUACCCACAAGGCCAAGGGCAGCAGUAUGGAGCGUACAGGCCACCUCAGCCUGGUCCUCCACAAGGCCAACCACAGCGCCCAUACGGUUAUGACCAGGGGCACAUGAGGAAAUAACGGACCGAGUAUUUCAACCCCUGACUAGAUGUUUAAGAAGCAAAGGGUCAAUAUGGCAACUACCAGCAGUAAACAAGAGACGCUCUUCUUCCCGUUAGAGCGUCUGCGUGGCGCUUUACGUCUUUCUGGACCUGCGGAAGGGCUACGGCUCUCUGAGACUCCCACUCCCCUUUUCUAAAUUCCGAAGAGAUGGAUCCCGCCUCUCUCUCUCUCUCUCUCUCACACACACACGUACACACGCGUACAGAAAAAUCCUAACACACUUCUUUUUGUGCAUAAUUCUUUCAGACACACCCUGACGUUGGAUGAAACUGUACAUGUUUUCCACAAUAAGUCUUUGUGUUGAUGAGACGAUAAGGCCGUGAUCAGGCCAAACUGUUUUCUUUCGUCCACUUCCUGUUUCAGCAGAUCACACGGCAAGCUGUAAACCUCACUACUUACUCCUAUAAUGACACUUUUCGGUCUUGUCACAACCCCUCCGUUUUAUCCAAAGCCAUCUUGAAAGCAGCAAUGCCUUAAAAGGAAAAAAAAAUAAAUAAAUCAGAGCGGCCUUAUUUAAUUUCAACAACAACAAAAAAAAAAUCCAGGGAGGGGGAUUUCGAUAUCCUGCAGCACGGAGUUGUCUUUUUGCUGCAGUAUGUUAGUAACCAUCUCUUCACUCGAUUGCGUGAAAGUUUAUCUAGCUGAAGCAAUAACGGGGGGAGGGGGAGCGGCCCAGAGAGAUGAUCUUGCACAGGGAAUAUUCUUCUUACAUGUCAAGGUCAAACUUGUAUAAUGUACAAAUGUAUUUUAUGCUUUCUAGAUAGAGCUUACUUUGUACUGAGGAUUUGGAAACUUUAGCUCUAAAUAUUGUACCUUUUUUUUGUUUCACUGAAUGUCUUUAUUAGGUGUUCUUUUUCUUUCUUUUUUUCUUUUUUUUUUUUUUUAAUAAUAAUUGUUGUCCCUACCUUCUCUAGUGUAAUGUCUUUGGUUCCUCCCAGCCAUGCUGAACCUUGAUUAAACCCAUCUGCUACUCUGGUGGUUCACGUGUUAAUUGUCCACAAGGGAGCACUUCGUUUUUAAGUGCAGCGACUCGGCUGUACACUGAAAAAACAGCCCCAAGAGUGGACAGUCAGGAGUCGCAUUCAAAUUGGAGUCAUAGAACAUGGAGACGAGUUAAAAGCAGUAUAGAAUUCUUUCAUACAGGUCCAGAAUGAUCAGAUGUUUGUUCUUGAUAAACUCUAUAGGUAUAGUGAGUAAAAUUCAUAUUGGGUCCUUGAUUGUGAGGAUUACAAAAACGUACAAACACAGACAUGUUUAAAGAGAAAUCACCGUUUACAUAAUGAAAAACAAAAUCAAAUUUGAGCUUGCAUCCAGUCUGUUUUCGAAACACCAAACUGCUCUUAACAGCUAUUCUGUCAGUCAGUACGAAGAUUAGGGAACGCAUGUUGCAAAUUUGUUCACGGUGUAAUCACGGUGACGCUGAUCGUGGUGCCCGCUUAUUCUGGUCCUCUGUACCUUAUUUUUUCCUGUGAAGUUUGUUUUAGCAGGCUGAAAAUGUGAAUUGGGCUUUUUUAUUUUUAUUAUUUUUGUUUCUCAAUAAAAGCUACAACCAGAUCCUUCUUAUUUUUAAGCUAAUAGAAAACGGUCUUCAAAAUGGUCACUUUUCAUUGAGGGUGUUAUUAUUUUUUUUCUUAUUUGUAUGCAUAAAACGUGGUACUGGUUGUAGCUUUAUAAUUUUCCUUCUAACUCCUAAUGUGUAAUUCUGAGCAUGUACUAUGAUGAAGUAUGAAGCCAGCGCAGUUCUCACAGGUACUUAAACCUGUGUAUGGUUUUCUUUUUGGUUUUGAGGUUGUUUUUUUUGUUGUUGUUGUUUGCUUGUUUUUUGUAAUGUUGUUUUGGGUGGGGAUGGGAGUUCGAGAUCAGAAUGUACGAGUAUAUUUGUGCUGAUGAGGAAUAAUCAUUUGGUGCUCGGUAUCAUGAUGCAACUCAAAUGUGCCAUGACUGUCUCUUUUUCCAUGACAAUGUAAAGUUGUACAUCAUUGUAACUGAACAAAAUGGCUGAAAUAAAUUAUUGUAAUACGG